AUGGAUAAAAGUUCACACGAAGAUAAUACGAACAGCAAUCACGGAGCGACAGACAAAAUAUCCCCGAGGAACAUCAAAAAGGAAACUAUUGUACUUCCAAGAAUUACAGAAGACCUCGGCUCAGCUUCAACUUUGAGGACAAUUUCUCAGCUCAGCUUGACGGAGAAUCGAUCACCAAGUCCCGUUAAGGGUAAUCUUAGUGAUGAAGUUCAAAAUAGCGGCCAAUUUAAGCUGCCAACUUUGGUAUUACCGAUAAAAAACGAUGGCGUUGACGCAGCUGAUACUCGAAAUGAAGGAAAUAUAGAAGAAGGCUUUUCCAAGAGCAAACAAUCCCAGAUUUACGGGGAAGAACUCAAGGAUCUUAAAGCAACUAUGAAGCAGCUUUGUAGUGAAGGAAGGGACUUGAUUCUGGAUUAUCGAGUAAAAGAAGAUGAAGCUAAGAAACGAGCAAACCAAGAGAAGAAGGCAGCGAGAAACGCUGCAAAACUUGCAGACAAAGAGACAACUUCUAGAGCUACGUUCGCUGCCACUGUAAAAACCCUCUCUAAAACAAAAGGUUUGUUGAACUCCAUACGAAUGAAAAACGAACUGCAGGAACUUAAGAGCAUGAAUAAGAUGCAAAUAAAUGAUGAAAAUAAAGAUAGUAAUGAAAAUAUCGAGGACGUUGUCAACCACCGCGACAUUGAUGAAGAUUCAAUCUCGGCAAUUGAAGACGAUGACGACAAAAGCUUUGAUUUUGAUUAUUCAGCACAUUCUAGAACGGAUAGAGGUUUCAUUAAGGAUGCGAAGAAAAAUGGUGACCAUGUUAAAAAGAAGGGAAUAGGAAAGAAGGAAAAGAGAAUGAUCAAAGUGGAGAGCAUGAAUACUAUAAUGAAUGAUCCUGAAAGUGCUGAGAAGUGCAGCACUAGUGUUGGAGUUACUCCUUCUGAUGGAAACUUCGAACCAAGCAAAGGAAGUCAUGUAGAACAAGAAAAAAAUAGUGAUUUAGAAAGUGUAGUGUCAACUUUGGCUUAUCGAAGUACCAGCCGAUUAAGUCGAUCAACAAGCGUUGCUGGUUUGGUUCAAAACAAGGUCAAGGAUAAAAAAUGGUUGAUGGAAAGAUUUAGGGUUCCCAAGGAACCGAUGGAAGUCGYCCUGCAUCUGCAGAAGUGUGGGUUUGAGUAUGAAUCGGUACAGUUACGAGACCUUGCAGUGUCGAAGCAGAAAGGAGAAGCAAAUCUUAAAAAAGCAAUUUUAAAAGAAAAGAAAGAAAUGAAAGAGGAGCAAAAACGAUUAGAAAAAGAACUGAGAGACAGGGAAAGGAAGGAAGCUUAUGAACGAAAAAUUGAACAAAUUCUUGCAAUGGAAAACAGAAAAAGAGAACAAGAAGAAAAAGAGAAGGAAGAACGACGAGCUAAAGCUCUAGAAAGAAGAAAAAGUAACCUCGAACUACUUAAAGACAUCAACAACACAAUUCUUUCCACAAAAACAAGUCCUUCCUUCCGAUUUUCGUACGUACCAGUCUUGCCCCAGCCUGUCGCAUCUUCUCCUGAACCCGAGGAUAAAUCGGGCAGCGAUAUCUCAGAUUCAGAAGAAGAGUAUGCGCCGACUAUAAAGAGAUGUGGCUGUCAGCAUUCAGGAAGAUCUGUGUGCGCAACAUUAGAUUGCAAAUAUGGAAAAUAUGCUCGUACAUUAAAGAAAAAAGCAUAA